AUGCGCCGAGUGACCAUCCAUGACUCACGCGCAAAGAACCAACAGAGAGGCUCACGGCUCCUCCUCCUCUCCCGACACAGCCCCCUCCAGCUUCAGAGAUUUUCUUCUCCACCUUCAACCUUAGAAGUCUCCCCACAGCGGACACAUUUCGGCCCCGAUCCAGGCCCUGUCCCUUAUGAAUAUCCUCGUUUAGCGGGUGGGCGCAUCACGAAGUAG